GAACCGAGGUGUGCACUUUUUUUUUCCCCGCUUCCGCCCCUCUUCUUUUGGUUCUAGCUAUUUUUAUUCCUUGAGCGAUUGUGUAAUGGACUCUAACGAUUCAAUCAGUAAAGAACUGAGUCCAGCUAUCAGACGGCUGCGGAAUAAACCGGAUGACGUACCUCGUAUUGACUUUUCCCUCUUCACUAUGGAUGAUGGUUCGGUUGUAAGCACCAAAGAUCGAGUCAUCAAAGAUGUCCCUGCACCAGCCGUGGGUUUCCCUACGGAUGACGAGUUCUGGAGCAAAGAACGUCCCGGUUUGCCGAAUAUCGCUUUCUUGAAGGACCAUUUUUAUCGUGAAGGUCGCUUGACAGAAGAACAAGCAUUGUAUAUUCUCGAAAAAGCAACCGAAAUCCUAAAGACAGAAGAAAAUUUGCUGGAAGUGGAUGCACCAAUUACAGUUUGUGGUGAUAUUCACGGUCAAUACUACGAUUUAAUGAAACUUUUUGAGGUGGGAGGUGAUCCAGCCAAUACAACCUAUCUGUUUCUUGGAGAUUAUGUCGAUCGCGGUUACUUCUCUAUCGAGUGUGUGCUUUAUCUGUGGGCAUUGAAAAUGUGGUAUCCUGAUACACUAUCGUUACUGCGCGGCAACCAUGAAUGUCGCCAUCUUACAGACUAUUUCACGUUCAAGAUCGAAUGUCGUCACAAAUAUACCGAGCGAGUUUACGACGCAUGUAUGGAGUCAUUUUGUGCUCUUCCUCUGGGUGCUGUCAUGAAUAAGCAAUUCUUGUGUAUUCACGGUGGUCUUUCCCCGGAAUUACACACAUUGGACGACUUUAAAAAGUUUGAUCGUUUCCGCGAACCCCCUACUCACGGUUUGAUGUGUGAUCUUCUUUGGGCUGAUCCUUUGGAGGAAUUCGGACAAGAGACAAGUAACGAAUUAUUCGUCCAUAAUCAUGUGAGAGGCUGCUCUUACUUUUUCAGUUAUCCUGCUGCUUGCGCCUUUUUGGAACGCAAUGGCCUUCUCUCUAUUAUCCGAGCGCAUGAGGCUCAGGAUGCUGGAUAUCGAAUGUACAAAAAGAGUAGAACCACAUCGUUCCCGGCGGUGAUGACCAUUUUCUCAGCACCCAAUUACCUCGAUGUCUACAACAACAAAGCUGCCGUGCUCAAAUAUGAAAACAACGUGAUGAACAUUCGACAAUUUAACUGUACACCUCAUCCUUAUUGGUUACCCAACUUUAUGGACGUCUUCACAUGGAGUUUACCCUUUGUCGGCGAAAAGAUUACCGACAUGUUGAUCGCGAUCCUCAACAUUUGCAGCAAAGAAGAACUCGCUGAUGAAGAACAUCGACUUUCAUUGGAUGAAAAACCAGCAUCAGCGACAGAUGAAGCUGAACAACGUCGCACCGUCAUCCGUAACAAGAUUUUGGCGGUCGGCAAGAUGUCUCGUGUUUUCUCGGUACUGAGAGAAAAUUCGGAACGUGUGAUGGAACUGAAAUCAUUAUCACCCUCCGGUAAACUGCCACUCGGUACACUUGCUUUGGGUGCAGAGGGUAUCAAAUCAGCCAUCACCACAUUUGAAGACGCGAAGCGCUCGGAUAUUGAAAACGAACGAUUACCGCCUACACGUGAGAUGAGAGAUGCCAUGAUCAAGGAGGAAACGGAUAGCAAAAUUCGAGAUGCCGUUGAAGAAGAGGAUAAAGAACUGAGUGAUGUAGCCGAUGCUUUUGUCAGCGAUGCUGAUUAGCCAAUAACAGAAUAACCCUUUUUAAGCAGAUACCUUGGUCUUUAUUCACCUCUCUUUUUUUUCACAUGAUAUUAUCCACAAAUCUGCGUACAAAAAAAAAUUGUAAUAAAGGUCAUACAACAAAGAUUCC